ACUACGGGGACCGAUAUCAUAGCUUAUACCGGAGCUUGUCAAACAAAAAGAAGUAAAAUUAAGUUUAUACCGCAAACCACGAGUAAAUAAAGGCCCCCCGACAGCAUGGAGCAAAUGGAAGUGGACGUCGACAUGUCGGCCAAGCCCAGCACAUCGUCCUCCGCCGGCGGGAGCAGCAUACCACUGGCGACGACAGUCGACAAACACCCACAGCCGCAGGGAAACAUAAUGGCUGCGGAGGGCACCAGUGGCUCGGUGACCAUAUCGCUGCACCCGCUGGUCAUAAUGAACAUCUCCGAGCACUGGACACGUUUCCGGGCGCAGCACGGCGAGCCGCGACAGGUGUACGGAGCACUGAUUGGCAAGCAGAAGGGCCGCAACAUUGAGAUUAUGAACUCGUUCGAGCUCAAGACAGACGUCAUAGGCGAUGAAACAGUGAUCAACAAGGACUACUACAACAAGAAGGAGCAGCAGUACAAGCAGGUAUUCAGUGAUCUCGACUUCAUAGGCUGGUACACAACCGGCGAGAAUCCCACUGCCGAUGACAUUAAGAUCCAAAAACAGAUAGCCGCCAUCAACGAGUGCCCCAUCAUGCUGCAACUGAAUCCGCUCUCCCGCAGCGUCGACCACCUCCCCCUGAAGCUAUUCGAGUCCCUUAUCGAUCUGGUGGACGGAGAGGCCACCAUGCUGUUCGUGCCCCUCACCUACACACUGGCCACCGAGGAGGCGGAACGCAUUGGCGUGGAUCAUGUGGCGCGCAUGACCUCCAACGAAUCGGGCGAGAAGAGCGUGGUGGCGGAGCAUUUGGUGGCGCAGGACAGUGCCAUUAAGAUGCUCAAUACACGCAUCAAGAUCGUGCUGCAGUACAUCCGCGAUGUGGAGGCCGGAAAGUUGCGGGCCAACCAGGAGAUUCUGCGAGAAGCUUACGCUCUCUGCCACCGACUGCCCGUGAUGCAGGUGCCCGCCUUCCAGGAGGAAUUCUACACGCAGUGCAACGAUGUGGGACUGAUUAGCUACCUGGGCACGCUGACCAAGGGCUGUAACGAUAUGCAUCACUUUGUGAACAAGUUCAAUAUGCUGUACGACCGCCAGGGAUCGUCGCGCCGCAUGCGAGGCCUCUACUAUUGAUAUGCAAACAAUCUAUUAAAGCUUCUGAGAUAAAUACACGUA